AGGAACUGUUUGAAACCAGUAAGUGGGACAUAACAAAUGCUAUGAUGAAACACUACCCUCUUCUGCUACACAAGUUUCUGGCUGAGAAAUCAAAGAUACCGUCACUGGUUGAGACCAUUUUGUAUAUGAAUCUGGAGCUUUAUUCACUGAAGAGACAGGACCAGAAUUUCAGAAGUGUUCUGCUACUCAUCAAAGAGGCAUUCUUCAAACAUGGUGAGAAGGAGGCCUUGAGGUCCUGUGUGAAAGCACUUAAUUUCUGCUCCAUAGAGAGCAAGGGAGAGUUGAAAGAUUUUGCUUGUAACCAAUUAAAGUAUCUUGAAGAUGAGCUAAUUGCUAAGCUUAGAUAUGCUUUCAAAGAA